AUGAAAGACCGGACGGUUCUGGCACGGCGUUCCCCACGGGGCAUGGUCCGCAAGCCGGGGGUUCUCUCCACUUUCCCCAUGGACAACCUACUAGCCGAAGUACAUCGGCUGCUGGGCCCGACGUGGACCCUCCCUCCCUACAACCAUUUACUGCCGCCAUACCUGAAUCAACCCUCUAAUCUACAGAGAGAAGAUCUAGACUUCUUGAUUAGGAAAGGUGCAUUGGAUCUUCCUGAAUUGGGAUUUGCCCAUGAGAUCUUCCGGGCAUACAUCCGCCAUAUCCAUCCCCACAUCCCCUUUCUAGACCUUGACCUCUUCUCACCAAUUUUCAAACAUGGCCGUCCGAAGACGCAACAGGUCAGUCUGCUGCUCUACCAGGCUGUCAUGUUUGCUGGCGCAAUUUUCGUCGACUUGAAAUAUCUCUAUGCAGCAGGCUAUUUGUCUCGUCGACACGCACUGGGGACGCUGUUUCAACGGGUUCGGCUUCUGUAUGACUUUGAGGCUGAAGACGACAAGAUGGUCAUCAUCCAAGCUCUCCUCCUGAUGACUUAUUGGUACGAAAACCCCGACAGACACAAGGAUGGCCGUCAUUGGAUCACCGUCUGCAUCUCUCUGGCGUGCAAAAUUGGGCUUCAUCUUGACUACGCCCAACCAGAUGUUCCACAUCCGAAAUUUCGCAACCUCCUGUGGUGGAGCAUUUUCACCCGGGAUCGGUUGAUCGCUCUCGGCUUGCAACAGCCACCAGUCAUCAAGGACGAGGUCUGGCUGCCAAUUCCAACCCUCACAGUCAACGACUUAGCCAUCGUGCACGAGGAAUACGCCGCCCACUGUUAUGGGUCCUACGAACGAAGCCUCGCUCUUAUCUUCGUCGAAAAGAUCAAGCUCUGCCGCUGCAUCAAAGACAACCUUUUCUCCUGGGGCUGCCGUCCCCUGCACGCCCCCGUUGCAGGCAAACCCCGCCGUGCAAGCCUCUGGCUCACCAAACUCGAAGUUGAUGACUGGGUCCAGGAUCUACCCUCCAAUAUCGCAUUCUCUCCGAACUCCUUCCUCCCACCCACCAAUGCCGACCUCAUCUUCCACUCGCACUGCGCCUGGCUGAAAAUGGUCUCCCUCGAGAUCUACAGCACCCUCCACCGCCAGCUUGACUUCCUCUCCGAGCAAUACAGCCCGCGUCAGCCGCUCUCCGACGGCCCGGGUGGUUGCCCGGUCCUCCGUGCCGCUGUUGAUGUCACCGCCAUCCUGCAGGACCUCUACCACAAGCACUUGAUCUACUACCUUCCCACCACCAGCGUCGCCAUGAUCCUGCGCGCCGGCAUCAUCCAUAUCCAGGACAUGUUUUCUCACGAUACGAACGUUGGCCGAGUCAGCUUCCGCAGGCUUGUGCAAUGCAUUCUGGCGCUGCAGCAGCUGGGUCGCCGGUACGGGUCCGCCUUCUUGCUGGCCUCGGUACUGGGCGCGCCGAAGGGCCACGGUAGCUCUGUGACGACGUGCUCGCCAGAGGAGAUUCUGGCGCAUCUCGAUAUCGAGUGCUUGGACCGGUUGACGCUGGGCGAUGUGGAGUCAUCGGAGUCAACAAUUCUGAAGAUCCGGGAGCCGUAUGAUGUUGAUAUCAUCUCCGGGUUGAAGUCGAGAAAGGAGAAGGAGGAGGGGAGUAAGAAAAGUGGUCAAGUUGAGAUUGGUUCGCCGAGGUCGUCUAGUACCGAGGAGGUUCGGUUUUCAAGCGAAUAUUGUCUUGUCGACUGA